AAGCCAUCUCCUGCACGUUUCCACCAAGUUCGCCAUCUACCUGCUCGACAAAGAGCCCGGUUCCCCACGUGGACCCAUGAAAGCGACAACAAACACGAUCGCGAGCCCCAACUUGUGAUUUUCUCUGCCCUCGCGCUUCCAUAUCCCGGUAGCUCCCCAUCGCCGCGCAUUUCAUCAUGGAUACAUCACAGAAGAAGCGAAGCAUCUUCGGCAGCCUCAACUUUUGGGGUCGCAAUCAGGUGGUCCCCACCGACCCAGAGCAGAGGUCAGAGUUCUAUCGCACCGCCGAUAUGAGCAACACUCCUCCAAUACCGCGCGUUGGUUUCAACGCGUCCCCGGAGAGUCCUGCGAAGCGCGCCUCGGCCGCCCAGCUGUCGAACCGAAAGAUCAUCGAUCGACCGCAGGGCCCGUCGAGCAAGCUCUCCCAGUCUAUCAAUGCGACAGACUUCGCUCGUAUUCCGAGCACGCCCCGGACUACCAAUUUCUCGACUGGGACCACGAGCACCCAAAAGGCAGCCACCAUCACCAGGAUGCCUGGCGACAACCCAAACAAGAGCAACUUCCUCGGAGUCUCGGCCAACAACCGCCGUGUCGCCAACCUCUCCGGCGCUGCUACCACGCCACGGAACAUGUUUCGUUCCUCUGCCUUGAAUGAGCGCCCGAGUUUCUCCUUCUCCCCUAGGGUUCCACACAACACUAUAAAGGAAAGCUUCCCUCCAACGACCCCCGGAAGAGCUCCAAGGGGCUCUACGGCCGAAAUGAACGGUCGUGCCCUGACCCAUACCACCUCGGCCAACCUCUUCGCCAUGAGGAUACCCUCCCCGCCCCACGAUCUCACUGGCGAACGCCUCGCGAAGGAGGUACCGGAGAAUUAUAAUCGCGCUGGGUCUAUUUAUGCCGACGAGUUUCUCACUGACUACUGCCCUCCCGACUUCGACGACCUCCAGCGACGACAGUUCUUCUGCAUUCUCGACCUGCGGCGACUCAAAUAUGCAGCAGACGAGGUCUUUGCGAAGAAAGACUGGAAAAUCAACAUUCUAAACUUUGCCAAGGAGUACGAGAAGAGCCGAAGUCUGAUUAUGCUGCGAUACGGCCUCUACGAGUUCAAGACGGUCAAAGCGUCUGAGGCGAUCAGGAAGCAAUGGCAGAAGGAACAUGGCAUCCCUACCUCGGAUGACGAGAAGGACGAGAAGGACGCAGCUCCAAGCCACAAGACAAAUGGUACUCGUGGCACUGUCGGCCGGGGUGGGCUAGGGAAGAGAAAGGCGGAGGAUGAAUUGGCCUCCAAGGAUAAUGUGCUUCUCAAAUCAUCUACUAACCUCAACAAGCGCCGCGUGGCGGACCGGGAGCCGGCGACCGAGAGAGCCGCUGUUCCUUCGACCAAGGUUAAGCGCAAGGCUGAGGAAGUCGGCGAGCCUGAUGAGAACCACCCAAGCAAGCUCCAAAAGCCCAUGACGGCUUCGCAGCAGACAUCGUCAUCGGUCAAAUCUAUCUUCGAGAAGAUUGCCAAUGGUACACUGAACGAGAGCACCGCCACGACUGCCACUCCUUCGAAGCAGUUAUUCGGGCCCGGCUCCACCUUUCCCGGUGCCGCGAAGCAAGUCAAUGGUGGCCUGGGGCGAUCCAUCCUGGAUGCCGGCUCAAAGCCUAGUACGGCCAACAACAUCUUUGGCCACCUCUCAGAUGCUAGCAAGGGGAGCGGCAACGACGAUGCCGAUGCGGAGAGUGAGGCUAGCACGGACUCGGAGGCCGAAGUCGACGAAGAGUCGGAAGUCCGGGAGACCAGCCAGAGCAAGGAGGCUUCUGUCGCCGCCAGCGGUGGCGCGUCUACUCCGCAGUUUGGGGCGGGAACUGGUCUUUUUACCAAGAAGCCCAUCGACAAUGCUCCCUCGAGCGCCUCCUCUGAGACUGGUGAAAGCACCAAAGGCCGGAGCCUUUUUGAUCGUCUGACAUACGGAAAUGACGGCCAACCCGUCCGUGUGCUAACACCGCAGCCCGAACAGCCUAAGGAGCCCACUCCUGAGAAGCAACGGUCUGCGAGUCCCCUGAAGGGCUCGAAUGGCACCCCGAUCAACAGCACAUGGAAUACGGACACGCCAAUCAAAUUUGCCCCUGCGCUGGCUCGGCCAAGCUCCUCCACUCUCGACUCCACCGCACAGAAGGCGGCCGGCUCUCUCUUCGCCACGAAGGAGGUGGCGGCUUCGACCCCGGCGGUUAACCCCGAGGUCACUGAGCCUCCCAAGCAAGCCGAGGAAAUCUCUACACCCCCUGCGGAGGCCUCUGAAUCAGCGACACCCCAGCCGUCCUUGUCGAAGUCGCCUGCUCCAUUCCCGAGCAGUGCCGCCCCAGCUUUCGGUUCUACCGGGGCCAAGGCGGCAGAUAUCGGCUCUCAACUCGCCUCCCCAGCUGUCGUACCUUUCGGCCAAUGGAAACCGGCAGAGGGGCAAAAGGAUACCGCAGCCCCAGCACCGGCGAGCUCUGCGUCGUCUUUGUUUAGCACGACCUCCAAGCCAUCCGAGCCGGAAGCUGCAAAGCCGGCUUCCGUCUUCCAAUCUGCUACUUUGUUUGGAAAUACGGCCAAGGCCGACGAGUCGAAGCCCCUUUCUUCACAACCGAACCCAUUGUUCGGCGCUGCCGCUAUCAAGUUCCCCCAGCCGUCAGCGCCGGCAACGCCAGCUGCUUCAAUCUUUGCGAGCAGUACGCCCAAGCCUGCGAGCAGUCUAUUUGGCUCAACGGCUGCCCCUUCGGCAUCUACUGCUGAAUCGACACAGCCGCAAACCAAGCCGCUGUUUGGCGCGACCAGCAAUCAGCCGACCGGGUCUAUCUUUGGCACCAAUGCCGCAAAACCCGCCCCCACGCCGGAGCCGAAGAACCCCUUCGGCGCAGUUAGCGCAGCUCCGACACCGAAGCCGGUCUUUGGCGGCACUUCUGCCAGUCAGGACGAGCCAGCCAAGUCACAGCCUAGCAUCUUCGCCAACGCACCCGCUGCGAGUGCUCCGGCUUCUACAGGUAGCAUCUUCCCCUUCGGCGGACCGCAGAGCACAGCUCCUGCACCUCAGUUUGGAGCGGGGGCCUCUCAGCAAAAUGCAGCACAACCUGGCGCAUCGUCGUUCGGCAACGGCGGAAGUUCCUCGUUCACCUUCUCGGCCGGUGGAGCGCAACAGUCGUCGUUCAACAAUCCCUUUGCCUCGAAUGGCGGCACUUCGGCGCCUUCCUCAUUUAACUUUGGUAACAACUCGGUCGUAGACACGGCCAGCCAAACAUCUGCCUCGCCAUUUACGUUCGGGGCCCCUAACAUCACCUUCGGUGGCGGUUCUGGUGCGAGCGCCCCGGCUGCGCAGCCAGCUAAUAUGUUUGGCGGCGCUGCCAAUGGUGGCUCCGGCACCCCUUCCUUCUCAUUUGGUGCAAACUCGUCCCAACCUGGUGCAUCCUCGAUCUUCUCCCAGCAGAAGCCGGUUGCGUCUAUCUUCGCUGGUAGUCUAGCUCCUCCUGCAGGUGGGACCUCAACAGGUACUAGCUCCCCUUUCAAUUUCGGUGGCGCUUCAAGCUUGGCUACGACGCCGGCGGCUGGGACUCCAGAACCGGGCGCCCAAAGCGAAGAUGGUCGAGAAAAGCACGCUGACGGGGAUGACGCACCACAGGAGCAAAUUUCGCUAACCGAAGGCGGGCCGGGCGAGGAGGACGAGUCCGUCGUGCAUGAGGUCCGGGCUAAGGCUGUCAAGCUCGUCAUCGGCGGGAAGGACUCGGACGGCGAGGCUGGUGCUGCUGGCAAGGACAAGAAAAGCCCUUGGAAGGUCCAGGGCGUUGGUCCUCUGAGGGUGCUGAGGCACAAGACAACUGGGGCGGUGAGGAUGCUGCUGAGAGCGGAACCCCGCGGGCAUGUUGCCCUGAACAAACUCGUCCUUCCAAACUUCACCUAUACGCCGGAGCCUGCAGGUGGCAAGUACGUCAAGAUUACCACGUCCAACGACGACGGAACCGGGCUGGAGACGUGGAUGCUCCAGGUCAAGACCAAGGAGCUUGCGCAGUCCCUUGCGGAUGCGCUGGAGGCCAACAAGGGCAGCAACAAGAAAUAGUCGAGGUUGUCGGGGCGGGACGGAUGGGCAUUGGGACUAUAAGGUAAGGUAGGUCAGGCUGGGCCGUCAUUAUUUCUCUUUUUUUUUUUUUUCCAUUUCCUGCAUUGGACGGCUUUUGGGCUUGGUGCCGCUACAUUGUCAGUAACAUUGCACCCGUCAGCAUUUUUGGCAGCAUUUUUUGAGCUUGCUUUUAAGCAUGGAGUCCCAGCAUUUUUUCUUGUCUCUUUUUCUGGGCAUCUUGAGAUGUCAGGCCAAAAAAAUUUGGGGAGACCGGGUAACCAGGUAGAACGUUCGGUUCAUAGUGAGCCUGUGCGAAGAGCACAUUCUUGUAUCAAGUAUAGUUUGCAUUUUGUAUGGAGUAUAAGUCGGCUCACAUAACUAUACGGAGCCGGAAGAGGUGUCCAUAACUUAAUCACCAUUGGAAGACAUGAG